CGUUCCUCGAGCCAUGGUGUCCUCCAUCUCUCUCGGCCUAUCCGACCCCGACGACUGCAAGUCAGAGGUUGACAUCGCCAACACCCUCCAGGACCUCGUCAACGGCGCGACCGACUCUGCGUCCGGCGCGCGGGACAUUGACAAGGUCGUCGUCGACGAGUGCCGCCAGACGGACAAUCCCAGGCCGUCGGGGUGGCAAAGGUACCUCUGGGAUUGUCUGGGCAAGGCCGCCAUGGCCGUGCCCGCCGACCAUCCUGGCCAGGACCGCCUCGUCGAGCUCUUGCGGGAGCUCCAGCGCCUUCCGCGGCAUGAGGUCCCGGAGAAGGUCGGCGACGAGCUCUUCCACAAGGAGCUUUGGGUUUUGGCGCCCGAGAACAAAUACGACGGCUUCGAGCAGCAGCUGUGGGAGCUCGAUCAAGGCACAUUCACGGCCACGCAGCAAGUCGAGCGCUCCGAAGCCAUCGCCGCGUCCUACGUCAACUUCUCCGCCUUCCUCGCCCGCCUGCUCGCCGGCGCCGUCGUCGAGGCGACGCGCCUCAGCGCGCUCAUCCGGCCCUCGCCCUUCGCCACGGUCAACCCGCUCACGAGCGCGGCGUACGCGGACGCCUCCGAGGCGGCGCGGCACUACGAGCCGUGGGCGUCGGCGGCCGCGCAGUGGAUUCUGCGCGCGGCCGACGCCCUGCACGAGAUGUGCGAGGGGGAGACGCUCAUCGAGAUUGGCAGGCAGAAGUGGACGCCGGCGCUGUGGGACGGGUGGAAGUCGCGGUUCGCCGCCGUGGCCAAGACGGAGCAGUUUGGCGGCAGGGCGCGCGAGCUGGCGUCCGCGGCGCUGGAGAGGAUGGCUGAGGCGGAGAGCAAGGGCGUCACGACGAAUGUGGGCGACAAGUUUGGCUUCAUGUCCUUGAAGGAGUGA